AUGUCCGACGACCCCAGCGGCGCCGACGUCAUUGCUGGCCUCAUCUUCAUCUGCAUUGGCGUGUUCUUCUUCUACCUCAACGACCUCAUCGUACCCGUCACUGUUGGGUUCUUCGCCAUCAGCAUCUUCAUCGUCCUCAUCGGCAGUCUUGCCGAGAAGAUUGCCCCUCCAUCUGCGCAUGCCAGGGCCGGGCCCGCAUAUGGCCAAACCAAGCCCUUCAAGUAUCCGGCCCCAAAGGUCAAGAACGAAGGCCCAAAGGUUAAGAACGAAGCUCCAAUGAGCAAGCCCGGCCCCCCGCGUUUCCACAUCAAGUCGGAACAGAGGCGUUGA